AUGGCCCAGCCGGAGGACGAGGCCUCUGCAGGCCCCACCGUCAGGGAGAGACAGGUUCCAUCACAGGUGAAUGGAGCAGAUGAGACCCUCACAGGGGUCCUUGGGACCCCAGAGCCACUCCUUCGCCUAUGGAGGACGUGGGGGGUGUGGCAGAUCCCAGAGCUGGACACUCAGCAUGCAGAAGCCCUUCUUGAGCUGUGGCCACCGGGGAGCUUCCUGGUCACAGGGCAUGACCCCAGCCAGGUCCUGGUGUUGAGGACAGGAGCUUCACCAGGAGAAGUCCACACCUACCAGAUCCAGAAGCUUCCUGGAGGUGUGUCUCUGGAAUAUUCUAACCUCUGCAUGCCAGACCUGCCCCAUCUCCUGGCCUUCCUAUCAGCCAGCAGGGAUGUUUUGCCCAGAACACUGCUCUUGCCCCCUCCCACUCUAAGGCCUGGAGACCAACACACAGGUCCUCCACAGACUGGCAGUGUCCACCUCAACAUCUCAGAGAGGGUGCUGUCCAUGGUGAACAAGCUCUACCUGGAGACCCACAGAGGGUGGGGGAUGGAGCAGAUUCCCCCGGAGACACCUCCAGAAACUGUAGAAAGACACAGUUCAGCCCCCAGGAACCCUGCCCCUCACCGGGUCUCCUGGGUUGAAGGCCCACUCAGCCCAGAAGUACACCAUCCUGGGCCAGCUCUGGCCAGCCUGGUGGAGGAGAAAGUGGAGGACAAGGAUGAGGACGAGAACGAGGACAACUACAAAGAUGAAGAGAACGGCCCUGAGGAUGUGCUCACCCAUCACAUCCAGGCUCUGGCCAGGGCCCGGGGCAGCUAUGUGGGCAGGCAGUUCCAGAGCCUUAGGGCACGCCUCACCUCAAAUGCCAGAGGCCCCCACAGGCCUGGGGACCCCGCCACAGAGCUGCUUCAGGAUGUGCGGCACCUCCUUACUGACCUCCAGGAUCACUUAUCAAAGGACCCCAAUGUCAGGGCUGUUUUGGAGAGCAGGGGGCCUGGGGUCCCCCAGAAGGACGAGCAUCUUGGCGCCGCGGUGGAGGCGGCCCUGUGCCGGGCGGUGCUGGCGCCCCUGAAGCCUGCCCUGUGGACGCGACUCCGCACGCUCCGCGCCCAGGAACUGCGGCGACUGCGGCAGCGACAAAUAGCGCUGCGGGAGGGGGCGGGGCCUCCGGAGUUCCGGGGGGCGGGGCUCGAGGGGCAGGGCCCCGCCCCCGCCCUGCGGAGCCGCAUCCACGCGCGCCUGGCGCACCUCCACGCCGCCUGCGCCCCACGCCGCAAGGUGGCGCUGCUGCUGGCGGUGUGCAGUGACGUUUACGCGGGCCUGGCUCAGGGCGAGAACCAAGAGCCCCUGGGGGCCGACGCCUUCCUGCCCGCGCUGACGGAAGAACUGAUCUGGAGUCCGCACAUUGGGGAGACGCAGCUGGACGUGGAGUUUCUCAUGGAGCUGCUGGAUCCCGAGGAGCUGCGUGGGGAAGCUGGCUACUACCUGACCACGUGGUUUGGGGCGCUGCACCACAUCGCUCACUACCAGCCCGACGCGGGCCGCGCGCCCCAGGGGCUCAGUUCUGAGGCUCGCGCCUCCCUCCGCCAGUGGCACAGCCGGCGGACGCUGCAUAGACGCGACAGACAGGGCCACGCCGGAGCGCAGGUCAGCCUGCCCUUUAAGGAACCAUGGCGAGAGACCCUGUGCCCAGAGACCAAGGAUGAUUAGGGGUCUCAAACCCUCCUGCUCCUCAGGCAACAUUCCGGAGGCACCAGGACGGCGCUGA